UUCCCUAAUUUCGAAGAUAUUCAAGGAAUAUUUCAUAAUCAACAAAUGAGGGCACACCAUGAUGAAAGUUGUGAACAGGUAUAAUGUCUUGGAAUCUACUUUCUCAUAGUGGUAUUAUGAAAACUCUAUCGCAAAGAUGCCUAAAAGUGAUAUCUCAGAUGUAGACGAUGACGAGUUGGCUCAAAUGCUAGAGGUGAGCAUCGCCUUAGUUUACAAUUACAACACAUUUUUCAUUCUGUAUGUGAACUUUCAGGGAAUCGACUUUUCAGAUGAUGAACGCGGGAAAAAACAAAAAUCAAGCAAGCCAAGCCCUCAAAUAAACCAAAGCAAGGAUAAUCAGCUUUCAAAGGAUACAAAACCACAAGAAGUCCCAACACAAGAAUUUAAGUCUAAAUCAGUGAGGGAUAUUUUUGGUAUUGAGAAGAAACCCAAGUCACAAAUUCAGUCAGAACCUAAACCCUCUCCUACCCCCGUCCAAACCACCACGGACGAAGUGAAAGAUCGAGUGCCAGCCAUGGAUCGUCCGACCAGUGGGAGACGUCGAAACCCUAAUCCUGUGACAUUUGAUGACGAUGUUGAUGAUCUUCUUGGGGACUCCGGUUCAAAGCCCGCUCCGCCCUCCAAACCUAGCGCAGGUCCCAAACCAUCUGCGAAACCCAGUAGCAGUUUUAUGGAUGACCUUUUCGGGAAGAAAGAACCAUCUGAAAAGACGACCGAGCCGAAAAAAGAAUUCACAUUGGAGCCUAAGUACAAAACGGGACUUGAUGCGAGUGCCAAAUCUAAACCAAAAGCAGAUACCUUUGAGCUCUCUACGAAAGCUGAACCCAAACUAGGAUCGAUUUCAGAUAGGGGUAGACGACGUAGAGAAGGAGCACCUUCACUUGCUCCCACGAAACCAGCAUUAGAUUUGGAUAACGAUGAAGCAUUAUUCAAAGGAACUUCUUGGGCCUCCAAACCACCUACUACUAGUGCCACACCUCUAGUACAACCUCCUCCUAGUGUGCAAAUGCCCACUCAAAGUGCACCAGUUCAAAGUGCACCAAUUCAAAGUGCACCCAUGCCAAUAGAGACACAGCCUUUACCUUGGAUGCAAGGAAAUGUGACAGUUCCACAUGUUGCUCCGGUUCCAACGGUAGCAAGUGUUCCACAAAUCUCCGAGCCUAAUCCAGUCAAUCAGCAAGUCAUUCAGGCUUAUCAGCAUCAACUCCAGCAAAUGCAGGAGUUGGAACGUCAGCAACAGGAACAAUUUCAAAGGGAUUUAGAAGAACAACGACGAUUGCUCCAAUCCAAACAAAAUGAACACAAAGCAGUCUUGUAUCAACAGCGUUCCAUGUGUCAGGAUCAAGUCAAAACUUUGCAGGAGAAACAACAUACAAUUCUGAAGCAACAACAAGCCCAAACUGAAAUCCUCAUGAAACAGAUCCAGGCCCAAAUGGAAUCGGAACUCAGGAUCAAGAAUGAUUUGGUCAGAAACCAGUUGCAAAUCUUGAGCGAGAUCCAAAUUCAGCACCCGGAACAAGUGAUUGAUUUAGCAGGAUUGGUUCAACAGAUCAAAGAUCAAAAGACUGUUCCAGGAACACAUUUGGAAUCAAUUGUGCCGGUUGCAAAUCGAGAUCAAGAGACCAAAGAAGAGUUGGAACACUACUUUCGGCGAAGAGAGGAUCGAAUUCGGCAGAAUCACUCCGAGGAGGUGGAAGAUCUGGAGAAGAGGAUUGGGGAUCUCGUGGUCAAAUCAAAGGAAGAUCACGAGAGUUUUAGGACGGAGAUUGAAGUGGAACGACAACGGAGACGUCAAAUGCUACAAGACCAGACUGAGGAGCACCAGGAGGCAAUCCAGAUGCUCCGAUCUGAAUACACCAUCGCCUUGGAUCGUAUUCGAGACCUCAAAAGGUUCGAGGUUGACGCCCAGAAGGAUGCAGAAAGGUCUUCCAAAUCCGUUCAAAUUCUUCUAAAUCAAGUGACGUCCAACACCAAAGACUUGGACCACCUUCAUGACAAAGUCGAGGAUAACCUGUCCAAGCAUAUUGAUGUCCGUGAAGAGCUUUUGAAGCAAAAAGAUGCCCAAAUUUCAGGACUUCAGGCCAAGAUCCAAGAAAAGUCUGAAGAAUUUGCCAAUGAACUGAAAAUGGAAAAGGAAAAAAUGGCCAAAUUGGAGGCUGAAUCUAACGAACGGGAACUAGAUUUGGAGAGACGAGCCUCUGGAUUAGCCCGAUUGGAAAUCGAGCUGGAGAGUAAGCAGCUGAAAUUCGAAGCCAAUCAAGAAAUUGAGAGAAAACGUAUCUUAGAAGAGAAGCGGAAAAUCCAGGAUCAAAGACAACUCAUUGAGACGGAGCGGCGCAACUUCCAAAGGAUCAUUCUCGAGGAAAGUGAGCACAUGGCGACGGCAAAGGCCACUGCGUUCAUUCAUCAAAACCUGGCCAAACCUCAGCCCUCUCAGAAUCCCGGCAUGGCCACGUCAAAGAGACCUCAGAGGACUCUUGACUCUCUGAUGGGUCAGCACCUUUCAGAGGAUCCACUACCAAAUACCGGAUCAGAUCUGAGCGAAAUGGACUUGCGUGGGAUGAUCAAUGCACUGGAGGGAGAAAGAGCGAAGAAUCAAGACCAGAGGUCCAAGAUUCAGGAGCAUAAAAAGAUGCUCAAGGAAGAAUGGAAGCGAAUCAAGGACGAACGAAAGACCAUCUUGGAGGCAGUCAAAAAAUUGGGGGAGGCGGAAAAACGAUUCGCGCAAAAGCUCAACGAGAUUGAAGACAUCACUCAGAGUUGUGUGGAAUUGAGACAAGAGAGCCGGCGCUGCUUGGAGAUGGCUCAACAAUUGGGUGACCAAAGGUCUGAGUCCAAACGAGCUUUGCACCACCAAUUGGAGCAGAUCCAGAGGAAAGAGGCCCAACUCUAGGAAACCAGACGUAAUCUCAUUCAAGAGCGCAAACGUCUGUGGAACACCCGUAGUUCCAUCUUUUGCUCCAAGUGUCAGCACGAUCUGACAAAUGGCCUACAUGAAGAGAGCCAACCCGAGUAUUCCAAAUCAAUGAGGCCUCGCCCAAACCGAACUGCCGCUGAUGGUCAGAAUAGUAGCGCCUCCCAGCUAGCCAGUUGGAAACAGGAAGCAGCCCUCGACCAAAUGUAUCUAGCCCAAGAGUCCCAAUAUUUGCAAAGUCUUCAACCCACGUGACCCGAAAUAAAUGUUUAUAUCCUUUUUAACCUUCUCA